AUGUCACAGCAGAAGCAGAGAUCUUGUGAACCACCAGAUGCUCCCAAAUGCACCACUCCCCAGUGCUCAGGCCCUGGUCAAGCCUCCUGCUGCAGCCCCAAUUCAGGAGGCAAACUUGAAACAGAAUGA